AUAAACGGUGUGGCCGAGCUGAAUAGGAGGCUCGGUCUAAAUCUCGGUCUCGCCGAGAUAUUACAUCAAUACAGCCUUAGCAAAAAUAAGGGUGGGUUUUGCUGGUACCUGAAGGUCAAGAAGGGCCGAGCAAAAUUCAUUGAGGGUAACCCUGAUAAGGAAACAAACGACGAUGACUUCUUGUGGGUGUCCGGUCGUUAUGAGGACACCGAGGCGCCCAUACCGGGCUGGUAUAUUAGGAAAGAUUUUGGCAGUGCUGGUGAGUAGCUCGGCAAACCGCGUUACUUUCUUUUUGCAUUGAUUUUCUUCUUGCCGAUCUAACACUUGUCCUCUUUUUUGUAGAUUACAAGCUCUUGGCCGACGACUACUCCCGAGCUAAUCAAGAGGCCAUCAGAGUUCUGCUGCGUCAUCCGGUCGAGGAAAGAGAAUCACCGAAGCUGCUCGGCUUUGAACUGACCUACCAUUACAUAGCGCCGCGCAAAAGCAGGGUGACCGACUUUCUUCGUGCACCUUUCCUAGAACCAGAUCCAAAUCUUCCACUGAUCAGACUUGUUCCUCUUACUGCCGAGCAAGAAAUGACCAAAAUCCGGGCAAUCAAAUCGAUGAUUACUGGUGAGCCCAGCGACUCCCAGCCACUAGAGGCAUCUGGGGGGACUUCCUCCACUCCGGUUGCACAAGAGGAGGGGGCUGUGCUGGCUCUUGCCAGCGAACAAGCAUCUGGCCGGUCGAAGAAGCGGCCGAGAAAAGAUCUGGCCGGACAACAUCUGGUGGACAAAGACUCCACCGAGCAGGCUUCGACUGACUUGGGGGACCAGACCGAACAACCAAUCGGCGGGCCAUCCAAGAGCCCAAAUGCCCCCCUAAGUCUGGUCGCCCGAAUUCAAGUACAAAGGCCGGGCUGUCUCUGCGGCGAAUUCUGUUUACGCGGACAAGGAUUAUUCCCUCAGUUUCAACAUGACCAAGGGGCUGAUCUUUCCCGCCGACAUGAAGAAGCACGACGAGCUGUCCGACCUGAAGGUGCUUCGCUCGGCGGCUAAAUCGAUCGUUUUGGCCGCGCAAAAGAACUAUUUAGCACACGAUCGAAUGAUCACAAUACGGCAGAGCCUGCGGGAUGCCAUUGCUGAAAACAAGGCCAAAACGGCCGAAAUAGCCAAGUUGAAGGCCGCACAAGAGGCGACCGAGGCCAAGCGUGAUACGCUAAGCCAGAAGUUGGACCGGGCUCAAGUGGACAAACAACGGGCCGUGAAGACGACGAAGGCUCGGUACCUCGCCGAGCUACGCAAACUGCGCGAUGCCCACAAGGAAGAGAAAGACAAGGCGGUUGAUGAUGCCGAGGACCAGGGGUACGUGCAGGGCGAAAAGACCUGUGAGCGGCAAGUUCAGGCUACUAAGGACACCUUUUUCCAGUGCGGUUGGAAAGCUGUCGUGGAAAAAGUUAGCCUUGGUCAAGACGCUGAUAUGUUCCUGAAUCCCCCUGCAGCCUAUAUCCCGGUCUACAUGCAGGCGUAUGCUAAUGCUGCUCAAAAUUGGCUCAUUGAAGAGGCAAAGAAAGCGGCCGAGGAAGAAGCCGCCACCGCGCAACAAAUCGAGCAAACUUCUCCCGAAGCAUCUCAAGAUGUCGAAGGUCAAGUGGCUGAUCGGGAGGUUGUCGCGGUGGAAGGCGCUGAUGACGAGGCUGCGGAUGGGUUGUCCGAGCAAACGGUUGAGGUCGCCGAGCAGACGGUUGAUCGAGCUAGAUUGAUGUGUAUUUUCUUUGCUUUGUUUUUGUUUCUUUUCUUUCUUUUUUGAAUGUAACCAGGCUAGGCCUCACCUUUGUAAUGUAAUUUCCUUAAUCAAUGAGAAUUUGAACCUUUUGCUCGUUGAUCUUCUAUUUCUGUUCGGUUGCAAAGUUCAUUAUUUCUUCAUUCGAAUGUUCUGGGAUUACAACUGGUAGGUCGGCUAUGUUGUGCAAUAUGCCAAGCUAAAAUUAGACUUCCCUCAACUUAAAUGUUCACAAAUCGCAACUGGUAGCCUGGCUCCUAUAUGUUGCAAACAAACCUAGACAUUUUCGUACGGCCGAGUAAAAUCAACUCGACUAUAAGUUGGGCAAAUCAUGAACAUUUAGAG